UCCUGAUGCUGCAGGACACAGAGAGUGGUGGGCGCGUUCAGGUUAUUACACAGAGAUCGCCAGCGCAGUGCACACGUACAGAGAGAUCGUGUUGGAUCAACAGAAACACCCUUAUUAUGCUGCAGUACACGCAGAUAUAUUUAUUGUUACACAGAUACCCUUAAACACUGUAGUACACACAAUCAUAUACACAUUGUUACCUUUAGUAUGCAAUAAACACAUAUACAGUACAGUGAUCGUGUGACACAGAGACCUUAAUACCGCAGUACACACAGUGAGCUGGGUCAUAUUGGGCUGGAAAACCAAACGGCCGAUGGAAUUGGCAUAAUAUUUUAAUUUCGACGUCAGCAACACAACGGAACGUGUAAUUGUACCUGCUUGUAUGUACAGAAGAUUUAGGAUAACAUAGUCGACAUAGUUAAUAGUGUUGUAUGGACACAUUUAUACCGUAGCAUAACACACACACAGAUCGUAUUAUAUACACCGAGAUCCUUUUACUGCAGCACACAGUUAUAUAAUUCUCGGCACACAUUAUUUAUUAAAUUAGGUAUCACUGAAGCGAUACCCCCGGCUAUAAUUAGAGAAAACCCUUAUACUGCAGUGCGCACACCAUAACAAACGUAGACACACAUUGCUACAUCGUAUGUAUAUGGAGCGUUGCACACGUACAUAACACGGGCAGUAUACAUGCAGUGUGUGUACAUACCCUUUAUACAUCGGUGUUAAUGUGAUCAGGAGAUCGUGGAUUAUAUAGUCGGUUGAUUGGAAAAGAUCGACCAGCCAUCAGCAGCAAACGCCGGCAGCAGCGUCAUUAUCAGCAGCAGCAGCUCCACGGUGUGAAGUCAUUUGCGUCGCGAUCAGCAGCAUCAGCAUCAUCAUCAGCAGCAUCAGCAGCAGCAUCAUCAUCAGCAGCAGCAGCAGCCACCAAGCAACGGCAUUGUCGUCAGCGGCAUCGUUCCCACCAGGCUCCCAGCUGCCAGCCUAACUCAAAACCAGUGUCCUGCUCGACGCCACGACCAUCCUCCACCUUCCCGUCUCCUCACCUGUCCACCAAGGAGAAACCCUCCGCGCUCCCACACCAUGUCGGAGGGCUCCCCCGAAUCCCCCAAGCGCCACGUGUCCCCCUCCCCGUGCUCUUCGCAGUCAGACUCGGACACCACGGGCCCUCUCCUCCUCGACCACAACUACGGCCACGACAACGACGAGGAGGACGACGACGAAGAUGCCGUGACUUGCCACCGCGUCCACCGCGGCCACCACGCCUUCGUCGGCAUGGACGGCGACCGCAAGUCCCGGCAGGCGUCGGUGCGUGUGCCGAUGUUCGACGGCACCACCGCGGCCGCCGCGGAGAAAAAGAAGAUGGAGCUGGGGGCAGCGGCGGGGGGUGGCGCCGGAGCCCGGGAUGUGGCCGGCGCCGGCAAGGACGCCGGCGUCGGGAGUUCGGUGGAGCGGCAGACGUGGGGCAGGCAGCUCGACUUCCUGAUGUCGUGCGUGGGCUACGCGGUGGGGCUCGGCAACGUGUGGCGCUUCCCCUACCUGUGCUACCGCAACGGCGGAGGGGUGUUCCUCAUCCCCUACUGCCUGACGCUCAUCGCUGCGGGGAUCCCCUGCUUCUUCAUGGAGGUGUCGCUGGGACAGUUCACCAAGCAGGGCGGCAUCGGUGCCUGGGGCAUCGCGCCGAUCUUCAAAGGCCUGGGCUACGCCUCCAUGGUCAUCGUCUUCUACUGCAACUGCUACUACAUCCUGAUCCUCGCCUGGGCGCUUUACUACCUGGCCCAUUGCUUCACCAUGGGGCCGUUGCCCUGGGCUACCUGCGGCAACAAGUGGAACACCAAGCUCUGCUCAGACGGCACCUGCCAGUACCCGUCGGCGGACGCCAACGGCACGGAGGGGUCACUCAAUGGGACGGCAGGACCCGGGUUUCUGAAUGGAACGGCAUGGUCGACGGCGUGGCCGGCGCUGACGAAUGCCACGUCGGAGUCGUCGCUGCUGCUGCCGCUGAGCAACGUGUCGGCCCUGGGGCACGCGUGCCCACCGCUCAACGUCGUCACCACCUCGUCCGUCGUGGAGUUCUGGGAGCGUAAGGUGCUGUCCAUGACGACGGGCCUGCACGACUUGGGCUCCGUGCACUGGGAGAUGCUGCUGUGCCUCAUCGCCUCCUGGCUCGUCGUCUACUUCUGUGUGUGGAAGGGCGUUCGCAGCACGGGAAAGGUCGUGUACUUCACGUCCACGUUCCGCUACCUGAUGCUGAUCGCGCUGUUUGCGCGCGGCGUCACCUUGCCCGGCGCCAUGGGUGGCAUCAAGUACUACCUGCAGGCUGACUGGAAGAAGCUCGCCACGCCACAGGUGUGGCUGGAUGCCGGCACACAGACGUUCUACUCGUACGCGCUUGGUUUCGGAGCCCUGUCCACCCUCGGCAGUUACAACCGCUUCCAUAACAACUGCCUCAGGGACACGUACGUGCUGGCGCUCAUCAACUCUGGCACGAGCCUCUUUGCCGGCUUCGUGGUCUUCUCCAUCCUGGGCUUCAUGGCGCACGAGCAGGGCGUGCCCAUCGACAUGGUCGCAGAGUCCGGUCCUGGGCUGGCAUUCAUCGCGUACCCUCGCGCCGUCACCAUGAUGCCGGUGCCGGUGCUUUGGGCCGUCCUCUUCUUCGUCAUGCUGCUGCUGCUCGGCCUCGACAGCCAGUUCGUGGCGAUCGAGGGGUUCGUGACAGGCAUCUCGGACAUCUUCCCCACGGUGCUGCGAGGCCGCGGGAGGCGCGAGCUCUUCGUCGCCGCCUGCUGCAUCGUCAAGUUCCUCGUCAGCUUUGUCAUGGUCAUGCAGGGAGGAAUCUACAUCUUCCAGCUGUUUGACAACUACGCAGUGAGCGGCUACACCCUGCUGUGGCAGGUCGGGUGGCAGUGCAUCGUGGUGGCGUGGGUCUACGGUAGCUCCCGCUUCAUGGAGGAUGUGGUGCUCAUGAUUGGGUAUCGGCCCAACUGGUGGAUUGGGUGGUGUUGGAAAUUCAUCACUCCCACACUGUGCAUGGGCAUGCUGCUGUUCCAGCUGAUUCAGUACAAGGGCCCCACGUACAACAAGGUCUACGUGUACCCGUGGUGGGGUGAGGCACUGGGCUGGCUGCUCUCCCUCUCCUCCAUGCUGUGCCUGCCCCUCACCCUCCUCUACCUGCUCGUGGCGCGUGGCAAGGGCACGCUGAAGCAGCGCUGGCGCCACCUCACCACGCCGGUGCUGGGCCCGCACGUGGAGCGGCACCGCCGCGCGGCCCUGGCGGCCGCGGGGCCCCCUGACAACGGGGCCCUCGACACCCUCAUCGGGGAGCACCACGCCAAGGGGGGCGCCCCCAACGGCAAUGCCAUCGAGCUCGAGAUGCUGAGGGAAAGCAAGAUAGACCAUGGCCUCACGCAGAGUGCAAACCUUGCCCAUCUCUAUCAGCACCACCAUCAGCACCACCACCACGAUAAACACCAUCAGCAGCUGUGGUACACGCGGAGCGCGCGACUUGACGCGACAGCCCCGUCCCUCCAGGUGAGGUCAUCAGGCGAAGAGACGCGGCGCCUCCCGUGGCUUGCAGGAGCCGUGCAGUCGUGCCCGCAGAUGGAGUCCCCUCGUGGCCCCCUCGCCCUGCCAGCCCCCGGGCCCCCCCUGCUCAUGUUGAUGGGACCCGAGCCCCCCAAAGCCACCAAAAGGUCGCCCAAAUCUUCCGAGCCCCCUAAGCCCCUCAGUCUCGCGAUGCCUCCGGUGCCGACAGCGAGCCGCGGGGUUCCGCGUCCGCGAGUCCCCCGCGAAGUGCCCCCCGCCGUGGUCCCAGCCGUGCCCCCCACGGGGCCCCCCCCCGGGCUGGGACCCCGCCUGAACCCCCUGAGGCCCCCGUGGGUGGUGCGGCGCACCGUGAUGCUGGAGACGCGGGACGCGCACGCGCACAACGAGCAGCGCGCCACCUGCUGGAAGAGACGCGAGCACGACAGGCAGCAUCGCGGCUGGAGGAGACCGGUGUACGGGGAGCCGGGGGAGAAGGAGGAAUACCGGAGGGAGAUCCGCGAGUGGCUCCAGUCCCAGAUGCGUGAGCGCGUGGCCCAGCGCGAGUCGGCGAGGGGCGAGGGGGCGGGCGAGCGGGCCCAGGCCGCCCUCGCCGAGAGCUGCGAGCGCCGAGCGGAGGAGCAGCGCGGCCGGGAGAGGCACGAGGCCUCCCGGGCCGUGAGGGACCACAACAAGAGGGUGAUGGAGCUGCGCUGGGAGAUGGAGCGGAGCGAGCGAGCGCGCGAGUGGAGCCUGGAGCGGGAGCUUCUCCAGAUGCAGCCUCUCAACUGGAGCGGAACCCUCACCUAGCGGGGUCACAGCGUGAACCCUCACCUAGCGGGGUCACAGCGUGAACCCUCACCUAGCGGGGUCACAGCGUGAACCCUCGCCUAGCGGGGUCACAGCGUGAACCCUCACCUAGCGGGGUCACAGCGUGAACCCUCACCUAGCGGGGUCACAGCGUGAACCCUCACCUAGCGGGGUCACAGCGUGAACCCUCGCCUAGCGGGGUCACAGCGUGAACCCUCGCCUAGCGGGGUCACAACGUGAACCCUCGCCUAGCGGGGUCACAGCGUGAACCCUCACCUAGCGGGGUCACAGCGUGAACCCUCGCCUAGCGGGGUCACAGCAGUCAUUACUUAGAUGGGUCCGUCAAUUAAAGGGGACCUACAGUUAUCAGUAAUAACAAUGAAUAAUGACAAUCAUUUAGUAGAUUUCAUGUUGGUGCCAUUCUCACGGAGGAGGGCGCUCCUGUGUGUAACACCGAGUGGUGAUAGAAUAAAGAGUUAAUUGUGGUCAAUUUUCUAAUCUGUCAAAUUGGGCACACAGUGCGGCCGGUUCCUCGCUUUGAGAACACCUCGGGGCAUUUGUUACGUCCACUGCGGUGAAGUGGACGGCUCGGAUUCAUUUCUGGUCGACAUGACCCGGCAGUAAUAACCAGGGCGGCCUGCCCGGACCAACCAGCGCCGGGCGAGGCUGCCACCGGGCUAGGCUGUGGGGCGACCAACGGCUGAGGGCUUCAUCCAGCAGUGGAUUGGUCGUGGCUGCUGCUGCUGAUGAUGAUGAUGAUUGCAAUGAUUAUGAUGCUUGUGGAAACAUUGCAGUAAUAAUAGUACAGUGGUGAUGAUGAAACUACAAAUAUAUCGAUACAUCAAUAAGAACGAUGAUUUUACAAAAUAAAUCACAACUGACUUAGAAAUGCUGCUACUGCAGCAGCUGCUGCUGAGUUGGCAGCUGUGCACAAACACAAACAACAGCGAACACAUUCGUGAAUAUGACUCACUGCACGUGGCCUCAAAAUAAAAUAUAAAUAGAGCAGGCGACUUUUCAGGCCCCUCUUCAUGGCACUGAAACGCCACCUAUUGCAUCGAUCCAGUGUGUGUGUGUUUUACGGCCACGGAGUUCUCGACGUGUGGAGGAGCUGUGUGUGCUGCUCGAUGCAACUGCUCAUCAAGAUCGCGCAAUGCGCGUGGUGAUUCUGGGCACGGGAGACUUUGACAUCGCUCGUGAUUUUGCCGCCCUUGUAGAGUGAGUGGAGUGACGAGACGUUUCAAUAAACCAUCGAUGCAAGAAC